GCUCAGCAUAAGGGCACAGAACAAGGAUAAGAGCUGGAAUUUUUUUGUGGAAUUGCCAAACGACACAUUUGUUCUGUAUAUGUGGCGUUAAGUAGGAGACAACAGGAAACCGGAGCUCUCAGAGGAAACCCACACAGACAGGACCCAGACCUCCCCACCUGGGAAUCGAACCCAGAACCUUCUUGCUUUAAGGUAAUCCAUUCAGUAACACUGUGAACCAAAGGCAGCAGUAUGUCAGCCAGAGGAGGGAAGAAGAAGAUCACAAAGCUGUCGCGCUCAGCCCGGGCUGGCGUUAUAUUUCCUGUCGGGAGGAUGAUGAGGUACUUGCGUACAGGUACACAUAAGUACCGCAUCGGCAUGGGUGCUCCUGUGUACAUGGCAGCUGUGAUUGAGUACCUGGCAGAUGUUUUAUUGUUUCCUUUUUUAGCUGAAAUUUUGGAGUUGGCUGGUAAUGCAGCAAGAGACAACAAGAAAGGAAGAAUCACACCACGGCACAUCAAGCUAGCAGUGGCCAACGAUGAGGAGCUCAACCAGCUUCUUAGAGGGGUGACCAUAUCAAACGGUGGCGUCCUACCUCGUAUCCACCCUGAGCUGCUCUCCAAGAAGAGAGGAGGGAGAGUGAAAGUGGAUUCACAACUGUCUGUACCAGAAAAGAUGGAGAAAUUAGCCAAGGGUGGCAAGAGAGCCCCCAAAAAGGGCAGAGGAAAACCAGGCCGCAAACCAAGGAAGAGUGCAGAGAAUGAUAAAGAUGGAUUUAACUCAACAAUGGAGGACGGACCAGGAGAAGGAUUCACUGUUCUCUCAGCUAAGAGUUUGUUCCUCGGACAAAAGCUGUCUCUUGCAGAGAGUGACAUCAGCAAAAUAGGAACCAUAAAGGUUGAGGGAAUAAUUAAUCCCACCAAUGCAGAGAUUGAUCUGAAAGAUGCAGUGGGUAAUGCUCUGGAAAAGGCUGGAGGAAAAGAUUUCCUGGAAGCUGUAAAAGAACUGAGGAAAGCACAAGCCCCGUUGGAUGUAUCAUCAGUGGCAGUAAGCCAGGCCAGUGGGAUGGCAGCACGUUUCAUCAUCCACUGCAAUGUUCCUCAGUGGGGCUCUGAAAAAUGUGAGGAUCAGCUGGAAAGGACGGUAAAGAACUGCCUUUCUGCUGCAGAAGAGAAGAAGCUCAAAUCGGUUGCCUUUCCCUCUCUGCCCGCUGGAAGAAACGGAUUUCCAAAGCAAACCGCAGCACAGCUGAUACUGAAGGCCAUUUCAAACCAUUUUGUUUCAGCAACCACUUCCUCGCUGAAGAACAUUUACUUUGUACUGUUUGACAGUGAGAGCAUUGGGAUUUAUUUGCAGGAAAUGGCCAAGAUGGAUGGCAAAUGAUGAUUCAGCAGUCGGUUGAUUUGUUGGUAGGUUGCUUAGCCUGGAUGCUAGUCUGUUUCAUCAGGUGAGUUCUGUGUACGUGAACCCCUCCAGUUAUAUACAGGUGCAUCUAAAAAAUUACAAUAUUGUGGAAAAACUACAUUUUUUUUCAUAAUUCAAAUAGGUAAACUAACACAUUUUAUAUUUAUUGUAGAUCUCAAAUUUCGAAUUUGAGUAAAUUACUAUUCAAGAGUAUAAAUACAGUGUAUCCAGUUCAGAACCCAACAAUCUUUGGGAAGACUGCUUACUUGACAGUUCAUCAGAACCCUCCACAAGUAGGGUAAAUGACAGCAGGUUAUUGCUAAAAAGGCUGUGUGCUGUAUCAAAGCAUAUGAAUUGAAAGUUGAUUGGAGUACAAAAAUGUGGCAGGAAAAGGUGCACAAGCAACAGGGAUGACCGCAUCCUUGAGAGGAUUGUUGAUUCAAGAACUUUAAGAGCCUGGAGUGGACUGAAGCUGGUGUCAGUGCAUUAAGAGCCAUCACGCAACAGAAGUCUCCAGGAAAGGGGGCUACAACUUCCACAUUCUUACUAUUAAGCCACUCCUGAAUCUGAGACAACAUCAGAAUCGUCUUACCUGGGUUAAGAAGAAAUAGAACUGGACUUUUGCUCAGUGGUCCAAAGUCCUUUUUCAGAUUAAGAAUUAAUUACUCAGAAGUAAAUUUAAUAAGUCUGGAGGAAGAGUGGAGAGGCACAGAAUUCAAGGUCAAGGUGUCUGGAAGUCCAGCGUCUACCAGGAGAUUAUAGAGCACUUCAUACUUGUAUAUGCUGACGAGCUUUAUGGAGAUGCCGAUUUUCUUUUCAAGCAGGACUUGUACCUGCACACAGUGCCAAAAUUACUACUAAAUGGUUUGCUGACCAUGAUAUUGCUGUGCUUGAAUGGCCAGCAAACUCUAUGGAGCUGAACACCAUAGAGAAUCUAUGAGAUGUUGACAAGAGGAAGAUGAGAAACACCUGACCCAGCAACACAGAUGAACUGAGGGCCACUAAUCACUAUUACUACAAUUUACUACCUUUUCUGUUUGAUCUUAGGACAUACACCGAUGAUGCAUAACAUUAUGACCGCAACAUUAUGACCACCUUCCUAAUAUUGUGUUGGUCCCCCUUUUGCAGCCCCAUACACACCAAACUGCAAUGUGUAUUCUGACACCUUUCUAUCAGAACCAGCAUUAACUUCUUCAGCAGUUUGAGCUACAGUAGCUCGUCUGUUGGAUCGGACCACACGGGCCAGCCUUCGCUCCCCACAUGCAUCAAUGAGCCUUGGCCGCCCAUGACCCUGUCGCUGGUUUACCACUGUUCCUUCCUUGGACCACUUUUGAUUGAUACUGACCACUGCAGCCCGGGAACACCCCACAAGUUUUGCAGUUUUGGAGACGCUCCGACCCAGUCGUCUAGCCAUCACAAUUUGGCCCUUGUCAAACUCACUCAAAUCCUUGCUUGCCUAUUUGUCCUGCUUCUAACAACAUCAACUUUGAGGAUAAAAUGUUCACUUGCUGCCUAAUAUAUCCCACCCACUAACAGGUGCCGUGAUGAGAUAAUCAGUGUUAUUCACUUCACCUGUCAGUGGUCAUAAUGUUAUGCCUGCUCGGUGUAUUCUAAUAUUUUGAGAUACUAGAUGUCUUAUUUUCAUAAGCGGUAAGCUAUGCUGAUCAACUUUUAAACAAAAAAAGGCUUGAAAUGUCUAUUACUAUGUGUAAUAAAAAUAAAAUGUAUGACAGUUUUCCUUUUUGAAUUACGUUAUGAACAAAAAUGAACUUUUUCCACUAUACACCUGUAAAGCUGACUGGCAUUAGCAUCCAGGCUAACAGCAGGAUUUCUGUUGGUUUUCCAGAUGAUGUGUUGUGUGAUUAAAGAUGUUGUAGAUAUCUGGGAUUCAGAAGAUACAGAACGUGUAUAAAAAACGGUUUAUGUAUGUGAGUGAAGUGCUGUAUGCAUUUAUGUUACACUGUUAUCUUUAUGGCACCCAUUAAGAAGUUCAUUUGUUUCAUUUGAAUUCUUAGACUGAUCUUGUUUUAACAUUCCAUGUUGUACAAAGUCUUUUGGUCACUGUUUUUCAGCUAGAUUUUCUGUGUAGUUUCUAAUACUGUUAGUUUACUAAAGGCAAAAAAGUGUUUCUCUUUAUGAUUUGAAAUAAAACCAGAUGUUUUA